UGGAGGAGGGUUUUUGCUGCUCUUCUCACCUCCAUUGUAGUCUUUCUACUACCAACCAACCACAACCAACCACACUACAAACCUCUCUCUCUCUCUCUCUCUCUAGCCGCAGUCAAAUUUCGUCUUCUUCGAGCUUCAGUCUCUGGUUUUUUUGGGUUCAUAACCUCACCAAAAGAGAACCAAAACAAUGGCCACACUCGUCCCUCCCACUGCCACAACCACAACUCCGCCGGCCGUGAUCCCGCCGGAGAAAGUCGAUUACUUGAACCUGCCUUGCCCUAUUCCCUACGAAGAAAUCAACCGCGAAGCACUCAUGUCCUUAAAGCCAGAAUUGUUUGAGGGAAUGCGCUUUGAUUUUACCAAAGGACUUAAUCAGAGAUUUUCACUCAGUCACAGUGUGUUCAUGGGACCUACUGAAAUUCCUUCUCAGUCUUCUGAAACCAUUAAGAUUCCCACUGCUCACUAUGAAUUUGGUGCUAACUUUAUAGACCCAAAGCUGAUGCUUUUUGGUAGAAUAUUAACUGAUGGGAGGCUGAAUGCAAGACUAAAGUGUGAUUUGUCUGAAAAUCUUGCUUUGAAGGCCAAUGCUCAACUUACAAAUGAACCACAUAUGUCACAAGGCAUGUUCAAUUUUGAUUACAAGGGUAAGGAUUACAGGACACAAUUUCAACUAGGAAAUGGUGCCUUAUUUGGAGCCAAUUAUAUGCAGAGUGUAACCCCACAUUUGUCUUUGGGUGGUGAAGUGUUCUGGGCUGGUCAGUAUCGGAAGUCUGGAAUUGGUUAUGCUGCUCGAUACAACACAGAUAAGAUGGUUGCCACUGGGCAAGUUGCUAGCACUGGAAUGGUUGCUAUGAGCUAUGUUCAGAAAGUAUCUGAGAAGGUUUCUUUGGCAUCAGAAUUCAUGUACAACUACAUGUCAAGAGAUGUGACGGCAAGCGUAGGUUAUGAUUAUAUUCUCCGACAGUGCCGUCUUAGAGGGAAGAUUGACUCCAAUGGCUGCACAAGUGCUUUUUUGGAAGAGCGAUUGAAUAUGGGUCUCAAUUUUAUUCUUUCUGCUGAGAUAGAUCACCGGAAGAAGGACUACAAAUUUGGGUUUGGAUUGACAGUGGGAGAAUAGGAUAAAGAGGCUCGGAUGCUGUCCUCGGUUAGAUUUAAGCUGCUCAUCGAUGCAAGCAACUCUGCAUGUAUAUGGGGCUUGAUAUUUUUUUUAUUAUUUAAAUUUGUGAUGGGAGAUCAAAGAACACCAGUUUUGUACUUGAAUCUGGAGUACCAUUAUUUGUGAGGGGGCAAGCAGCAGCAGCUGCUGCAACAGUUUUAUAGCAUCAUCCAUAGUCGUCGAUUUUUGCAGUUUGGAGCUAUUAUUCAUUUCAUUUCCCCUUUUAAAGCUGUAGAACUUGUUAUAAUGGAAAUGGAGAUUUAUGUUUUGAUGGUGAUUGCAUCAA